AUGGUGUAUCAUGGUUCAAGAUCUGAUUUAUCCAAUAAAUUGGACCAUUUUGAUGUUAGAAGUCACAAUAAGACAGCAUCCAGUUGCCCUGAACAGAGAUCUCAAGAUGCUGAUCUAGAAAAGGCCAAGAAAACCCCCCGCCCCAAAGAGAGAUCAGAUGGGCCAUUUCAGGUUGAUCUAGGAACAGCCCAGGAGUUAAGAAAAGGCCAAGAAAACCCCCGCCUCAAACAGAGAUCAGAUGGGCCAUCUGAGGUUGAUCUAGGAACAGCCCAGGAGUUAAGCCCUGAACAGAGAUCUCAAGAUGCUGAUCUAAAAAAGGCCAAGAAAACCCCCCGCCCCAAAGAGAGAUCAGAUGGGCCAUUUCAGGUUGAUCUAGGAACAGCCCAGGAGUUAAGCCCUGAACAGAGAUCUCAAGAUGCUGAUCUAGAAGAGGCCAACGAAACCCCCUGCCCCAAACAGAGAGCGGAUGCGCCAUCUCAGGCUGAUAUAGGAGGAGCCCAGGAGUUAAACCCUGAACAGAGAUCUCAAGAUGCUGAUCUAGAAAAGGCCAAGAAAUCCCCCCACCCCAAACAGAGAUUGGAUGGGCCAUCACAGGCUAAUCUAGAAUCAGCCCAGCAAUUGAGCUCCAGACAACUACCAAUGGCAAUAGACAUGAUAGACGAGUCAAGCUCCCUGGAAGAGGCAGAUGAGCCUGAAGAAGACAUGAAGGUUCUUAGGAGACAAGUACGAAGUUUGCGUAAACGUGUAAGGCACUUAGAAUCGUUACAUGAGGAUCCAGCUACCAGCCUUGCCAUAGUCAUCAAACACAUGCCUGUUGGGAAUGUUGCAGAGUGUGCAAGAAUGUUAUGCUUAAAGGUGUUCUCCAAAGAUGAGCUAAUAACCAUGUCGACUAGUGGUAAAAAGGGUCCAAAGACUGUUGUAGGGGAGCAGAGACCCCCAUUGGAUCAAAGGAAACUUUACGAAAUAGUAGACACACUGAAAUCCCACUGUUUAGUAACAUCAAAAGUUGCGAAAGAAAAGAUCCAGAACUUUCAAAAAGUGUUGAGGGCCAAGGCUAAAGUGCAGUGAGGACAAUUACCAGAUAAGACAAUUAACUUUUAAUGUGGUUAAUAUCUUUUUAGUUUUUAUUGUGGUUACAUGGACUUCACUUUUGAAAGUUUAUACAUGGCAACAAUAAAUAUUACAUGUAUGUUCAUUGAAUAA